GUGGAUGUCGUCGUAGGGGCUGUAUUCGGCGAAGGCAGGAAGCACCGAAGAACCGGAAGGCUGGAUCACCUCCGUGGAAUGUCUUCGGGCGCCAAGCGGCUGGUGCAGUCGCUUCGGGGCCGCAGCGGUGGCAGGGGCGGCAGCGGCGGCCGGGGGGAGGGAGGGGGCGGGGAGGGGGGCGGGGGCGGAGGAGGUGGCGCGAGCACAAGCGCGACCAGAUUGUGCCACUACGACAGCGGUCACGAGCUUGACGAGAUCUCGGUGGUCGGCGCCGCCAUCAGGGGCAGCGAGGGCCUUCCCACCCCCACCACACCCUGCCAUUGCGGCGGCCUCAAGUACGGGAGUGGGCAGACGCUGUACAGCAUAGCCGGCCUGGUGCCCCCUGCGCCCGCUGCACCUGCGCAUGGAGCACAGUCAGGCAUAAUUGCAGGGGGCGGUGGCGGAGGGAGAGAUCGGUAUAGCGGUGGUUCCGCUUCCGCUCUGAGCUGCGGUGGCGAGAAGGUUCGAGAGGACAGGCAGGGAAGGAUGGUGGACGGGAAGUCGAGGAUCAGGAGGGAGAGGGAAGAGGACACGAAAAGCGCGGACAACGUGUCGAGGGGCGCCCCCUCGAGGCAGAGUUUGUUGGAGCUGGUCAGCGGUAAAUGUAUGAGCCGCCACACGCCCACGCAUCAUUAUUAUCAUCAACAACAGCAGGUGUAUUCGGUGCCGCAGAGAUACUUCAGCUCGUCCCGAGACUCGCUUCAAGGGGCUUACGUGAACCGAGGGGCGAGCGAGUUCGACUUAAGUCGGAAACCGAAGAGAAGGGACCAGCUAAGGGGCAGAUUCAAGCUACCGUACACCGUAACGCUCUCGCGAGAUCAAUCACACUUGCACACACCGGCGUCUGUCAAUCAUCUGAGCAAUAGCAGCUGCAACGGCACCGAAACGAGGUACACGGUGCAACAGCAACAACAGCAACGCGGUAGCAGAGGUUACCCGGGUCAAGCGGGGACAAAAGGUUUUCGUACGGGUGCCCCUAAUUGGUCCUUCAUCUUCGAUCCCGCGGGACGUCUCUGUUACUAUUGGUCGAUGGUCGUUUCCCUCGCCUUCCUUUACAACUUCUGGGUCAUCAUCUAUAGGUUCGCCUUUCAAGAAAUAAACGGCGAAACGCGGUGGGUGUGGUUCUGUUUGGACUACUUCUCCGAUUUUUUAUACGUACUGGACAUAGUGUUUCACAUCCGAACCGGAUACUUGGAGGACGGUGUCUUGCAAACAGACGCGACCAAGCUACGAAAUCACUAUACGAACAGCACUACGUUUUACAUGGACAUCCUGUGCCUGCUGCCCCUCGAUUUUUUAUACUUAUCUAUAGGAUUCAACAGUAUACUUCGAAGUUUUAGGCUCGUGAAGAUAUAUCGGUUCUGGGCGUUCAUGGACAGAACCGAGCGACACACCAACUAUCCGAAUUUAUUCCGCUCCACCUCCUUGAUACAUUAUUUAUUGGUGAUCUUUCACUGGAACGGGUGCCUCUAUCACAUUAUUUAUAAGAACAACGGGUUCGGAAGUAAGAACUGGGUAUUCAGCGAUUCCGAGACCGCGGACGUGGUGAAGCAAUAUUUGCAAAGCUACUAUUGGUGCACGCUGGCCCUCACCACCAUCGGCGAUCUCCCCAGGCCAAGAAGCAAAGGCGAGUAUUUGUUUGUAAUAGCUCAGCUGCUGUUCGGCCUGCUGUUAUUCGCCACGGUACUCGGACACGUAGCCAACAUCGUAACUUCCGUGAGCGCGGCCAGGAAGGAGUUUCAGGCAAAGUUGGAUGGUGUGAAAACGUACAUGAGGAUGAGAAGAGUGCCGAAACAUCUUCAGGUAAAGGUCAUUAAAUGGUUUGACUAUUUAUGGUUGACGCAAAAAUGCUCGGACGAAGAGAAAGCUGUCAGCUGUCUUCCCGACAAACUGAAAGCCGAAAUCGCGAUAAACGUGCACCUGGACACGCUGCGGAGAGUGGAAAUAUUCCAGAACACGGAGGCUGGCUUCUUGUGCGAGUUAGUUCUCAGAUUGCGACCCGUUCUUUUCUCACCUGGCGAUUAUAUUUGUCGCAAAGGUGAGGUAGGGAAGGAGAUGUACAUAGUGAACAGAGGGCGACUACAAGUGGUGGCCGAUAACGGGAAGACAGUUCUCGCUACCCUUAAGGCUGGUUCCUACUUCGGGGAGAUCAGCAUUCUCAAUAUGAGGACUGCAGGUAACCGACGAACAGCCAGUGUACGCUCGGUGGGCUACUCGGACCUUUUCGUCCUUAGUAAGAAGGACAUGUGGGAUGUAUUAAAGGAGUAUCCUGCGGCUAGGAUCAGGCUAGAAGCUAUUGCAGUGAAAAGAUUGGAAAAAUACAAGAGAGCUCCUCUCGAGAAAGCUGCAAUGGGUCGAUGUCAAAGCACGCCAGGACUCGUGGAGUCACGAGGUCGUAUACCAUUGGAGGAGAUGUGGGUUUCGCCCGUGGAUACAAAGUCCACUCACGCGUACUCGACCGGCCACUCGUUGUUCUCCCCCAGCCCGAGUCCUGUGACGUCGCGCGGUUUGGCCAGCACCAACGUCAACGUGAACAACGUUGCGAGAAGCAUGGAUAGUCCGAUGAGUGCCACUAGCAGCGGCCACAGCAGCGAGGACCAAACCACCAGGGCACCGCAAUCCGCCACACAGCCCUCCACCGGCAGGCAGUCCACCCACUCUGGAAUAACCUGCAACAGCAUGACGCAAUUAGUCGGCGAAGGUGCCACACCACUUUUAGGCACUAACGAAGCUUUAUUAGCCGAAAUUAAACGUCUUCGAGAACGUCUAGUUUGUUUGGAGUCUGAAAAUGCUGCGAUGAGUGCUAAACUGAAUCAACAACAAUGGGAAGUAGAAAAUCGAUUGGCCGAAAUCGAGAUGCAGAUUUGCGGUGCUAGCUCGUCUUCCAGUUUAGAGGAUAACAAUGAAAGAAAUCGAGAAAGAUAUACAGCAGAUGAUCGAGAAGAAUUUGAAGAAGCUAGAAUCUCUGGAAGAUCUAGUGAUACAAAAUCAAUAGGUAGUCUCAGCCAACAUUUCUUUGAAAGUGACGAAGAUGAGAAAUAUUAUGGUACUUGUAAUGGUUAUGCUUCUCAGCCUGGCAGUAAAUCAAACUUAUUGCUAUGCAGUGAAUGUGAUCAGAAAACUCGUACCUGCACAUACAGACCACAAACACCUGGUUCUUAUAGUAGUAGAUACGUCGAGGAACGUUUUGACGAGCGACUUCAAGAACCAGGAACUUCUCGCACAUACAAAAGCCCAAUUCAUAUAUCUUCUCCUCGGUUAGUAUAUCAUGAUCAGGAUUAUAGUGGUCAAUCAUCUUCACCUAGAUCAAUUUAUCGUGAUCAAGAAUAUCAAACUCGAAGAGGUUGGUCGAAGAAAUAUGAACAAGAAUUUGAUCGAAGAGAGUAUGAAGACAGAGAAUUAAAGCAGGAUGAUGACAGUCCUGUUUGUGAAGUUUGUCAUGGAAAUGGUCAUAUUGUUCAAUGUGAACAUUGCGAUUUUUCUAGCGAAGGUGAUUUAAUAUGUUUCCGAUGCCAGAGUGAUGAAGGUUCAUCAAAUGGUCAAAGUUGUCCUCGUUGUGAGAAAAAUGAAAGAAUACUAUCAAGUAGAUCGCAAAGAGGAACAUCAUCCAGCGAUGAGGGAAAAUACCCAGUAGAUGCUGUAGUAAAAAUACAAGUUAAUGAUCAUAUGAUUGAUGUAGAUUCAGAUGAGACACCUGAAAGUGACUUAUCAAGUAGUCAUCAUCAUCAAAGAAGUACAAUGGAACGAUUAGAUACUAUUGUUGAGGCAAAAGGAGACACUGCCAGUGAAAAUGACGAGGAAAAUGGGGGUACAAAGUUAAAUGGAACUAGUAGUGCAAGAUAUCUCAAUUAUAUGAUUGUACUGUUUCUGUAAAUAACAUGGUUAUGGUAGCUGCAGUUGAGCUAUGGAUUAUGUUGGUAAAUGGAGAGUGUUGUUUUGUUGAAGCUAUUGAUUAAAAAAUAAUUUUUAAUCUUUAUUAUAAGCUAUUAUAACAUUUCUUGUUAAAAAUAUAAUAGUGUUAUGCUA